CUCUGGGCACUUGUUGAUCUAGGCGCAUACACAGGAAACCGCGCACAUCUUACUGAGGACUCGACUCUGCAGGAAACACCCUCUUAUUUCACAUUUUUAUACUAGAAAAUUUGCACUAAACGUUCUUGGAGUGUUUGGAAAGAAACGCUCAAACAGGCGCGACUGUCAAACUGAAAAGCUUUAAAAGCGCACUUAGAAAGUGGUUAUCAUGUCUGGCGAAGAGGGUCCAACUCAGCAGCAACAGCCUGAGCAGGAGAAAAAGCCUGAUGAGCCUCCCUCAGCUGCUUCGGAUGCACCUCAGCAGGAGUCAGGCAGCAGCAGCCCUGCAGCAGAACCAGCUGCUGUAGCAGAACCACCAGCUGCUGUAGCAGAACCACCAGCUGCUGUAGCAGAACCACCAGCUGCAACACCAGCCGCUGAGGAGAAGCCGCUCUCCUUCCGGGCUCUGGUACUCACGGGACAUGGGGGCUACGACAAAGUCAAGCUGCAGGUGAAGACGAUGGCCAAGCCGAAGCUGAAGGCAGGAGAGGUCCUGGUGCGCGUCAAGGCAUGCGGGCUGAACUUCGCCGAGCUGCUGGCCAGGCAGGGGCUGUACGAGCUGCUGCCUUCCCCGCCCGUCACGAUGGGAAUGGAGGGCUCCGGGGUCAUUGAAGCGGUCGGGGAGGAUGUGAAUGACAGGAAAGUUGGCGAUCGUGUCAUCGCAUUGGCCCGCAGCGGCAUGUGGCAGGAAGUAGCUGUCGUGAGCGCUGACCGCACCUUCCUUAUGCCCGAGGAGAUGAGUUUUGAGGAAGGUGCUGCUUUAACUAUUAACUACAUGACCGCCUACAUGAUGCUGUUUGAGAUGGCCAAUCUUAGGCCGGGCAAAAGCGUUCUUAUACACAUGGCAGCAGGUGGUGUGGGUAUUGCUGCUACCCAGCUGUGUCAAACUGUGCAGGAUGUGACUGUUUUUGGCACGGCGUCGGCUUCCAAACAUGAGACUAUUACCCAAGGCGGGGUAACUCACCCCAUCGACUACCGCACCAAAGACUACGUGGAGGAAAUCCGCAAAAUCAGCCCGAAGGGUGUGGACAUCGUCCUCGACCCCCUUGGUGGCUCUGACACCCAAAAAGGCUAUAGUUUGUUGAAGCCCCUGGGCAUGAUUAUAGUCUUUGGUGCAGCCAAUUGUGUGACGGGCCAGAGGAAGAACCUGCUGGCCAUGGCAAAGACCUGGUAUAACCAGCUCUCUCUGAACACCAUGAAACUGAUGCAGUCCAACAAAGCUGUCAGCGGCUUCCACCUGGGAUACAUCACUGAUGAGCAGCUCUUCAGCAGGACUAUGUCUACGCUGCUUGAGCUCUACAAGCAGGGAAAGAUCAAGCCCCGCAUUGACUCCAGCUAUCACUUUGAGGAGGUGACUGAAGCCAUGAAGCGCAUGCACGAACGCCAAAAUAUUGGGAAAGUCAUCCUUCUUCCUGAACCCAAGAAGGAGGAAGAGAAGCCAAAGUCCAAUGCUGAGGCUGGGGAAAAUGUGGAAAAUGAUGCUGCCAUCAGCGAGAAGAAAGAAGAGGAAGUUAAAGCAGAAAAGGAUUGAGUAAGAGUGUUUAUUUCGAGGGUUUCCUUUUUUGCUCGGCUGUUUAAGGGAGAAAAAAAAAAAAAAAAAAGGCGGGGUGAAGGAAAAAAGCAAGAUGUCAUGAAUUCUUUGUCAGUAUUUUUUUGGAAAUGUUGAUGGAUUUUUGUUGUGCAAUAUGGUUAUACUGUGGUGUCUUUGUCUGGAACACUUGUUUGUAACUUUUAAAUAAAAUGUCACUGCAUUCUGAUA